AUGAGCUACAAUACUCACGUCCAAAGCAAAUUUGCCCACAAGGUGGGCGAGCCUGUCCCAGAAUUCAAUACUGAGUUCCCCGUCCACCCUGGCAUUGUCCACUUUCCUAUUGCCUUUAACGUCCUUGCCUGGGGCCUUGACAUUCUGUACGCCCUUACUGCGGUCUAUGUCAAGCCGGACUUCCUCACCACACGUUUUGGCUCCCAUUCUACCCUCGUGGACAUCACUCGCCUGUCCUACUUCCUCUUGUGCGCGGGCCUAAUCACCACUGUGCCCGCCAUUAUGUCUGGCAACAUCCAACUAGUCGGUAUGAUCAAGAAGAACGGUGGACCGUGGGAAAAGGACGCGCAGGGAAAGCAGAAGAACACAAUGGUGCCGCGUAUCAAGGCCUGCAUCACGCACGCCAUCAUCAACGAUUUGGUGUUUGCGGUCAACCUCUACAGCUGGUACUUGAGGAAGGACAAGGAAGGCGCUGUCAACCUGGGCAAGACUCCCACUCAGACGAACAUUAUCAUAAGCGCCAUCUUGCUCCCGGCUUUGAUGGCCUCGGCAAAGAUUGGUGGCACUCUCGUCUUCAACCACGGCGUUGGCUUGAAUCUGGGCCGGAAGAAGUUCGAGUAG